CGGCCAUGGCAGCGCCCCGCAGCGACAGCGAGAAGCGGAAGCAGAUCAGCGUGCGGGGCAUCGCCGGGCUGGGCGACGUGGCCGAGGUGCGGAAAAGCUUUAACCGGCACCUGCACUUCACGCUGGUCAAGGACCGCAACGUGGCCACCCCCCGCGACUACUUCUUCGCGCUGGCGCACGCGGUGCGGGACCACCUGGUGGGGCGCUGGAUCCGCACCCAGCAGUCCUACUACGAGCGGGACCCCAAGCGUAUUUAUUACCUGUCCCUGGAAUUCUACAUGGGCCGCACCCUGCAGAAUACAAUGGUGAACUUGGGUAUGCAGAAUGUCUGUGAUGAAGCCAUUUACCAGCUGGGUCUGGACUUGGAGGAGCUGGAAGAAAUCGAAGAAGAUGCUGGCCUGGGUAACGGAGGACUGGGUCGCCUGGCAGCUUGCUUCCUCGACUCCAUGGCGACGCUGGGGCUGGCAGCCUAUGGCUAUGGGAUCCGAUACGAAUUUGGCAUAUUUAAUCAGAAGAUUGUUGAUGGCUGGCAGGUGGAGGAAGCUGAUGAUUGGCUGCGCUAUGGCAACCCCUGGGAAAAAGCCCGUCCUGAGUAUAUGCUUCCUGUGCAUUUCUAUGGCCGAGUGGAGCACACUGCAGAGGGCGUGAAGUGGCUUGAUACUCAGGUAGUUCUUGCCAUGCCUUAUGAUACCCCCGUGCCAGGAUACAAGAACAACACCGUUAACACAAUGAGGCUGUGGUCUGCCAAGGCACCCAAUGACUUCAACCUUCAGGAGUUUAAUGUGGGCGAUUAUAUCGAGGCUGUGUUGGAUCGAAACCUGGCGGAAAACAUCUCCCGAGUCCUGUAUCCGAAUGACAAUUUCUUCGAAGGGAAGGAGCUGCGGCUGAAGCAGGAAUACUUCGUGGUAGCCGCCACCCUGCAGGACAUCAUUCGCCGUUUCAAGUCUUCCAAUUUCGGCUCCCGAGACCCAGUCAGGACAUGCUUCGAGACCUUCCCAGACAAGGUCGCCAUUCAGCUGAACGACACUCACCCAGCACUUUCAAUCCCGGAGCUCAUGCGGAUCCUGGUGGACGUGGAGAAAAUGGAGUGGGAGAAGGCCUGGGAGGUCACAAAACGGACCUGCGCCUACACCAACCACACCGUGCUGCCCGAGGCCCUGGAGCGCUGGCCAGUCACCAUGUUCGAGAAGCUGCUGCCGCGCCACCUGGAGAUCAUUUAUACCAUCAACCAAAGACAUCUGGAUCAUGUGGCCGCCCUCUACCCCGGAGACCUAGACCAUCUGCGCAGGAUGUCCGUGAUCGAGGAAGGGGACUGCAAGAGGAUUAAUAUGGCCCACCUCUGCGUGAUCGGCUCCCACGCCGUCAAUGGGGUGGCCAGGAUUCACUCUGAAAUCGUGAAGAAUUCCGUAUUCAAAGAUUUCUAUGAGCUGGAACCAGAGAAAUUCCAGAACAAGACGAACGGCAUCACUCCACGGCGCUGGCUCCUGCUGUGCAACCCAGGACUAGCAGGUGUAAUUGCUGAGAAAAUCGGAGAAGAUUUUGUAACGGAUCUGAGCCAGCUGAAGAAGUUACUGGAUUUUGUCGAUGACGAGGUGUUUAUCCGGGAUGUGGCCAAAGUCAAACAGGAGAACAAGCUCAAGUUCUCAGCCUACUUGGAGGAGAAGUACAAAGUGAAAAUCAACCCAUCCUCCAUGUUCGACGUGCACGUGAAGCGGAUUCACGAGUACAAGAGGCAGCUCCUCAACUGUCUGCACGUCAUCACCCUCUACAACCGCAUGAGAAAAGACCCAUCGAAGUCCUUUGUGCCAAGGACAGUGAUGAUUGGAGGAAAGGCAGCUCCCGGCUACCACAUGGCCAAAAUGAUUAUCAAACUGAUCACGUCCGUCGGGGAUGUUAUCAAUAACGAUCCCUAUAUAGGAGAUAGACUCAAAGUCAUCUUCUUGGAGAACUACAGGGUGUCCUUUGCUGAGAAAGUGAUUCCCGCGGCCGAUCUGUCCCAGCAGAUCUCCACGGCCGGCACCGAGGCCUCGGGCACGGGGAACAUGAAGUUCAUGCUGAACGGUGCCCUCACCAUCGGGACCAUGGACGGGGCCAAUGUGGAGAUGGCGGAAGAAGCCGGCGAGGAGAAUCUGUUCAUCUUUGGCAUGCGGGUGGAGGACGUGGAGGCGCUGGACAAGCGAGGGUACAAUGCUAGGGAAUACUACGAGCGCAUUCCAGAGCUGAGACAAGCCAUCGACCAGCUCAGCAGCGGCUUCUUCUCGCCUAAAGACCCUGGCUGCUUCCGGGAUGUCGUCAAUAUGUUGAUGAACCACGACAGAUUUAAAGUGUUUGCUGACUACCAGGCCUACAUGGAGUGUCAAGGCCGUGUUGACCAGUUGUACAGGAAGCCAAGAGAGUGGACUAAGAAGGUCAUCAAGAACAUUGCUUCCUCGGGGAAGUUUUCCAGUGACAGGACGAUCACCGAGUAUGCCAGAGAAAUCUGGGGUGUGGAGCCCUCAGCUGUGAAGAUCCCUCCACCUACCAUCCCCAGGGAAUAAGCUGGGCACAAAAUGUGUGUCUGGUUGAUCCAGGCUUAAGGUGCUUCUGGUUUCCAGCUAGGUUUGCACAGAUGAAUUUACACCAGUUGAAGGUCUGGAAUCUCUAAACUAGGGCAUUCGCCAGGGAGAAGAGGGUGCUUUUAAUGAGAGCAGAGGAGGAGAUGUUGGCCAAAGCCUUGUGUGUGAAAACAAGUAAAACAGAAGGAGCAGGAAACCUGGUUAGAACUGAA